ACACCGCUUGGCCCUGGGCAAACCCCAAAAACCCCUAAAAUUGGCGCUCGGGGCGCGAUUCUCCUCACGCCGAGGCCCCGGGGGUGGCCCCGCCGCCGGCCCGGCCCCACAGAGCGCGGGCUCCGCCUGCCGCCGCCGGGGCCACCCGCACGGCUUUGGAGGGAUUAAUCCCCACAACAUCCUCAUCUAAAGGCAGAGAAAUCUGUAAAUCUGCCUCCUGGGGAUGCGACAGCUUGAAGCUCUUUCAGCCCCCAGCACUGUUGAGGCACCUGAAGGCUGAGGUGAAGUGGGAACACACCUGAAAAUAAGGUAUCGAGACGUUUAAAAUGUCGAUGGAUGUAACGUUCCUCGGGACGGGCUCAGCGUACCCCUCUCCAACGAGGGGGGCGUCCGCGUUGGUGCUCCGCCGAGAAGGCGAGUGCUGGCUCUUCGACUGCGGGGAGGGGACGCAAACCCAGCUGAUGAAAAGCCACCUGAAAGCAGGCAGAAUAACCAAGAUUUUCAUAACUCAUCUCCACGGCGACCACUUUUUCGGGCUUCCCGGCUUGCUGUGUACCCUCAGCCUCCAAAGCAGCCCCGACCCAAACAAACCACCCCUCGAUAUUUAUGGCCCGAUCGGACUGAGAAACUUCAUCUGGAGGACCAUGGAGCUCUCCCACUCCCAACUCGCGUUUCCCUACGUUGUCCACGAGCUCGUCCCUACGCGGGACCAGUGCCCUGCAGAAGAAUUUAAAGAUUUUUCUUUGUUGAGAGACGAGGUGCCUCCCCGGGAAGCCCAGGGGAGAAUUCUCCACCUGGAUCCCGGGGAAAACUCCUACUUGCUGGUGGACAGCGAGCAGCUGGUGGUGAAAGCCUUUCGCCUCUUCCACCGCGUGCCUUCCUUCGGCUUCGUGGUGGAAGAGAAGCCCCGGCCUGGGAAACUCAACGUAGAAAAACUGAAAGACCUCGGAGUUCAGCCAGGUCCGGCGUACGGGAAACUGAAGAACGGAAUUUCCCUCGUUCUGGAGGAUGGCAGAACCAUUUCUCCUUCGGACGUCUUAGAAGAGCCGGUGCCCGGCCGAAAAAUCUGUAUUUUAGGGGAUUGUUCGGGGCCGGUCGGGGACGAAGCCGCGGAGCUUUGCCGCGAAGCCGAUUUGUUGAUCCACGAAGCCACGCUGGACGACACCCAGGAGGAGAAGGCCAAAGAGCACGGCCACAGCACCCCAAAAGCGGCGUCUGCUUUCGCCAAGCUGUGCGGAGCUAAAAAAUUGGUUUUGACUCAUUUCAGCCAGCGCUACAAAGCUCGGCUCGGCGAGGGGGACGCCGACAUCACCCAGCUGAAGAGGCAGGCGGAGGCGGCGUUGGAUGGCCAAGAGGUCACGUUGGCCGAGGACUUGAUGACGCUCGAAAUCCCCAUGAAAAAGUCAAUUUUUUUUGAAAAAAAUGAGCAUUAAAGGCGUUUUCGAGCCUUUUUUCCCUUUCUCUGGGUUCCUGAAAGGUGAAAGAAAGAAAAACUUCCUAAUAAAAAUGCACAAAUUUGGCAGGUUUUGAGCUGGGAAGUUAAA